CCCCAGGAAUUGAUACUUUCUAUUACUAUCAUCAACAACUCAUCAUGCUUCUGCAAAUCUGAUUGCUUCAACAUAUCUCAUCACUUCCCCAAACCAAUAGCACUUUUCUUCUUUAUAUUAUUCGGUCCAAAUAAUAGUGUUAGAAGUUAGAAUAUUUUUUUUUUUAUAAUUGGUUCUCCUAUACAAAAGCAGCUAUAAGCAAUUAUUGCAAAGCUGAAAGUUACAGGCUGCAGUGCUAAGAUAAGAUGCCACGAGUGACUUAACUCUUCUAUCUUCGUGUUUAAGGUGCAAAAAUGCUAAACUGAAUAGAAAUUUCUUCUUGUUCUUAUGGGCUUCUUUGGUUUACUCUUCUGAAACAGUUCUGGGAUUAAGUUCUUCAAUCUGGAAAACCAUUCUGGGAUGAAGUUUGCAACUAUUGAGGUUCUAAGUAUGAGAACAGUUGAUCUUGCCAGUGCUUUGGCACAAAUUAUAGCAGACGCACCUCUUCAAUUAAUCAAGCUCCAAGAGGAUGCCGGCGGAAUUCAAGGAACCAAGCAUCAAAUGUGGGAGAUGAUGUACUCCAAUGAAAAGAAUGAACUGCAAGUGAAGAAGCUAAUGGAAAAGAAUAUUGAAUCUGCAACACAAUUCCUCAAGCUUAAUAAAGCCUUCUACAUAUUGCCAAUACCAUUUGCUAACACUAUUUUUUGCUCUCACAAUCUGUCUUCUGAUUCAUAUAACUUGAAGCCCUUUGAGCCUCAAGCCCCAUCAUAGGUCACACAGAUCUCCACUUGCACGUGCCCAUCAACAACUCCUACAACUACAUACAUAUAUACUUUAAUAUUUUAUUAUAUUUCCAAAUCAUGAAUCAUAAUGUUUGCUCCCUUCACUUCCUUCCUUCAUCUUUACUUUCCAUUUGUUAGUGUUUGACAGCUGAUUUAAAAUAGAUUUAUACACAUGUAAUUCAUAUAGUCUUAAAUUUAUAUUUUGCAUGAAUUUUAUGUGAUAGUAGUGGGUGGCAGACAGUCCAAUUGAUAAAGAUCUUAGAAGUUAUUAUCAACAUCUUGAAUUUGAUCGUGCACAAACACACCCAUGAGUGUGUGGUGAUAACAUAUGAGAUAUCACACGUA